AUGAGGUCCUCACUGCUGCUGCUGUCCCUGCUGUCGCUCCUGUCCGGCCCGUGGAUCGAGCUAGGGAAUGGCCAGGUGACAAGCAUGGUUCAGCUACCAGGCGGGAGAUUCCAGAUGGGAACAAAUUCACCAGAUGGCAGAGAUGGUGAAGGACCUGUCCGAGAGGUGACAGUAAAACCUUUUGCCAUCGACAUAUUUCCUGUCACCAACAAAGAUUUCAGGGAGUUCGUCAGGGAGAAAAAGUACCGGACAGAGGCCGAGACAUUUGGGUGGAGCUUUGUCUUUGAGGACUUUGUCUCUGAGGAGCUUAGAAGCAAAGCGACUCAGCAGAUGAAGCCUGUUCUCUGGUGGCUUCCAGUGGAAAGGGCGUUCUGGAGGCAGCCUGCAGGUCCCGGCUCCGGCAUCCGAGAGAGACUGGAGCUCCCCGUGGUACACGUGAGCUGGAAUGACGCGCGGGCCUACUGUGCGUGGCAGGGGAAACGGCUGCCCACUGAGGAAGAGUGGGAGUUUGCUGCCCGAGGGGGCUUACAGGGCCAGACUUAUCCCUGGGGGAACAAGUUCCAGCCAAACCGCACCAACCUGUGGCAGGGGAAGUUCCCCAAGGGUGACAAGGCUGAGGACGGCUUCCACGGGGUCUCCCCAGUGAACGCGUUCCCCCCGCAGAAUAACUACGGCCUCUACGACCUCGUGGGCAACGUGUGGGAGUGGACAGCGUCACCAUACCAGGGCGCAAGCCAGGAUAUGCGUGUCCUCCGGGGGGCAUCCUGGAUCGACACGUCCGACGGCUCUGCCAACCACCGGGCCCGGGUCACCACCAGGAUGGGCAACACUCCAGAUUCAGCGUCUGACAACCUGGGCUUCCGCUGUGCUUCCGACACAGGCCGACUGCCUGGGGAGCUGUGA